UAUUUGGCAGCUUGCAACCGUUUUAGCUGCAAGCUGCAGUGUGCACUACACAGCACCCAACGUCUGAGCAACAGCAAAACCAUUUCUUGUGUUUUCUUCUUUUGUCCUAGUGGAUUUAUUCAUCUGACAGGGGCCUUGGCCUUCUUGGGAACAGCAGCAAGGAGGGGGAUGGCAUGCCGAAAGCCCCUUUCACCCCUCUGCCGUGCCACCACCCGCUGCUAUAGCUCCCAGUCGACACACACCACAGAGAAGAGUGUCCCCUAUGAGAAGCCCCUUAAACAGGAGGAUGGCAUCAGUGGACCCACUAAACCCCUGCCGAAGUUUGCAGAUGUUGUGGUGAUCGGAGGAGGAAGCCUGGGUUGCCAGACCCUUUACCACCUGUGUAAACUGGGCAUGACCAAUGUGGUUCUGCUGGAGAGGGACAGAUUGACUACAGGCACCACCUGGCACACAGCAGGGCUUUUGUGGCAGUUAAGACCUAGUGAUACCGAGCUGGAGCUGUUGGCGCAUACUCGCAACGUGAUCAGCUCAGAGUUGGAGGAGGAGACUGGCCUCGAGACGGGCUGGAUCCAAAAUGGAGGCCUGUUCAUUGCUUCCAACAAGCAGCGACUGGACGAGUACAAGCGCCUCAUGUCGCUGGGUAAAGCAUAUGGCAUUGAGUCAUACGUCCUGUCGCCAGCUGAGACCAAGGACCUGUAUCCUCUGAUGAAUGUGAAAGAUCUUUAUGGCACACUUUACGUGCCUAAAGAUGGCACCAUGGAUCCAGCGGGCACCUGCACCAUCCUCUCCAGAGCAGCCACUGCACGCGGUGCCACUGUGAUUGAGAAUUGUCCAGUGACGGGUAUCCAGGUCAAGGUUGAUGAUUUGGGUGUUAAGAGAGUGAAAGAGGUGCAAACAGCCUAUGGGACCAUCCAAACACCAUGUGUGGUGAAUUGUGCAGGUGUCUGGGCCACUAAGCUUGGUAAAAUGGCAGGCGUCAGUGUUCCUUUGAUUACCAUGCACCAUGCUUAUAUCGUCACAGAAAGAACCAAGGGCAUUCAGAAUAUGCCCAACGUCAGAGAUCAUGAUGCAUCAGUCUACCUCCGUCUCCAAGGUGACACUCUUUCUGUGGGAGGCUACGAACACAACCCCAUAUUCUGGGAUGAUGUGUCUGAUAAGUUUGCCUUCAGCUUGUUUGAUCUGGAUUGGGAUGUCUUUAUGCAGCACAUUGAUGGUGCUGUGAACCGAGUACCUGCUCUGGAACAAACUGGAAUCAAAUCCACUGUCUGUGGUCCAGAAUCCUUCACUGCCGAUCACAAGCCCCUGAUGGGUGAAGCACCAGAAGUGAGAGGCUUUUUCCUCGGGUGUGGUUUCAACAGUGCAGGUAUGAUGUUAGGAGGAGGAUGCGGCAAAGAGCUGGCUCACUGGAUUAUUCACGGGCGUCCUGAAAAAGACAUGUAUGGAUAUGAUAUCAGGCGGUUCCAUCAUUCCCUGACCAACAACAACCGCUGGAUCAGAGAGCGCAGUCAUGAAUCGUACACCAAAAACUAUUCAGUAGUUUUCCCGUUUGACGAACCUUUGGCCAGCCGCAACAUGAGGAAAGACCCCUUCCACCAGGUGCUGCAGGAACAGGGCUGUGUGUUUCAAGAGAGACACGGUUGGGAGAGACCGGGAUGGUUCAACCGGGAUGGACAUGCUCCAGUUCUGGAUUAUGAUUACUACGGUGCCUACGAUGUUCCCAAGAACACUGAUUACAAAUACAGAGAGAUACUAGGCAAAGAGUACACGUUUGACUUCCCUCCACAUCAUGAUGUGAUUUGCGACGAGUGUCUGACCUGCAGGAAUGCUGUAGCUGUGUUUGAUAUGUCCUACUUUGGCAAGUUUUACCUGACUGGUCCGGAUGCAAAGAAGGCAGCUGAUUGGCUGUUUACUGCUGAUGUCAACAAAGCUCCAGGCUCCACUGUCUACACCUGCAUGUUAAACGAGGGCGGAGUCGAGUCUGACCUCACCGUCAGUCGUUUGGAGCCAAGCCCCGCCCACCUCCCACUGACACCCGAAUCUAAUGGUGAGGCGUAUUACCUGGCCAUUGGAGGUGGAGUGGCACAGCAUAACUGGAGUCACAUUCAGGCAGUGCUGCAGGACCAGGGUUUCCGCUGCACACUAAUAGACCACACUGAGGACAUGGGCAUGAUCAGCAGCAUACAGGGACACAAGAGCCGUGAGCUGCUGCAGGAAGUGCUGGACUCAGACCUCAGCAAUGAUGCGUUUCCCUUCUCCACACACAAGAUAGUGUACACUGCUGGACACAAGGUGAGGGCCAUGCGGUUGUCGUUCGUGGGUGAGAUGGGCUGGGAGCUUCACAUCCCUAAAGAGUCCUGUCAGCCUGUCUACCACGCUGUCAUGGCCGCAGGGGCCAAGUAUGGCAUCUGUAAUGCCGGCUACAGGGCCAUUGAUUCCUUGAGCAUUGAGAAAGGUAAGGGUGAAUGUAAUUAUGUUGAUGAGAAAGUGCCAAUGUUUGGUCUGGAAACUAUUUUCCGCAACAGUGUUCCUGUGGGCCUGAGGCGCUCCGAAUUUGGAUUUGCCAUUGACAAGACCAUUGGCUAUGGUUAUAUCUGCAACCCAGACGGUGGAGUGGUGAGCCCUGAUUUCGUCCGCAGCGGUGAAUUCGCUCUGGAGAGGAUGGGCGUCACAUACAAGGCUACAGCUCACCUGAAAUCUCCCUUUGACCCCGAGGACAAGCGCGUGAAGGGCAUCUACGGCUGAACAAAGCCAGAAUGUAGCUGAUCCAGACUGAUUCAGUGUAUCUGAGGUAAAUGUUUACAGGCCUUUAUCCAACACAUCAGCAUUCAAGGACAGAACUGAAUACACUUGAUUCACCAUAAAGGAUCAUAGAAGAACAAUGCACUAAUGUGAAUUUCAGAAAUAACCUGGUUAUACAGU